GGAUGCGUUCGCAGGCUCAGCGGCCAUGGCUCACGGGCCCAGCCGCUCCGCGGCAUUUGGGAUCUUCCUGGACCAGGGCACAAACCCGUGUCCCCUGCAUCGGCAGGCGGACUCUCAACCACUGCGCCACCAGGGAAGCCCUGCAUGUCAUUGCUUAUGUGUCUGAUGAGUUGCUAUUCACAAUAGUAAGUAGUGUUGGUUUUCAAUGUUAUUGUAAUUGUUAGAGCUAAUAUUCAAAAUCAGGACAGUAUUAGAUGUCAGUGCACUAUCAAAGACAAUUAACAGGGAGGAAUGUAAAAUUACUGAUUAAAAACAUGCAGAAUCACUAAAAUAUUAUAUAUCUUGCUAUAUAUUUUAUUUUUGUUAAUUAAGUAGUUCAUUAGUCAUAAGUUCCAAAACCAAUGAAAAGAGUCAGAAGCUUAAGGGUUGACUUGGAGACAAGGGACACUUUUUUAUGUAUGUGUUUGUUGGUUGGUUGUUUGUUUUAUAUCCCAUUUCCAUUUCUCCAAGUCCCUACCCUCAACUAUUUAUUUUGGUUUGGUUCAGAUUCUAGAGCCAAUAGUUCUUUACACUGAGCUAAUGGAUGGUUAGAGAGUGCAGGGAUCAGUUUAGAGUUUAUAUGGGCCUUUUGAAAAUGCAUGCAAAUAUGCUUCAUAUGUAUGUGCAUGCAUAUUUUUAAAGUAUGCAACACCUAAUUUGUAUGUGUUGGUAGAUGUGCCCUUUCUUUCUUUCUUGGAGAGGUUCAUGGAUUUUAUUUAUUCUCAAAGGGGUACAUGAGCUUAAAAACACUUGGAGCUGCUGAAUUACAGAUUGGUACCUAAGUGAGCAUCAAUUAAAGGGAGUAAUUUUCCUUCCCCACUCCCUUUUCAACUAUUGCAGUUGUGUCCCAAACAUUUGAGUUGGAGUAAGUAGUAGGUAAAAAAAGAACAGAGGGCCAACCAGUGGGAAGGGGAUGAGAGAGUACCUCUGUAAUGGCUGUCUCUCUUUCUUUCCUACUUUCUCACCUUCUUACUUUAUUGCUUUUAUGCUUAAUCGAUCAAUUGUUUUCUCGCUUUUCCUUCCUUCCUUCCCUUCCUUCCUUCUUUUCUUCCCUCCUUCUCUUCCUCCUCCCUUCCUUUUUCUUUUUUUUAUUCAAUUACUCCUCUUCAGAGGAGAAAGAUUAAGCAAGCAUUAUUUUCAGUAAGUGUCAAAGAAUAUAUUUUUUUUAAUGCUGUAGCAGUAACCCUUUCCUCAUUCCCUUCUCAUUUCCUUUUCCAUUGAUCUGAAUUUAUUCAUUUUACUGCUAUCUCAGUUUUGAGAGCAUUAUUUUCCAUCUACCAGAAGCAGUAGUGCUCUGUAGAAGUCAAUUCUAUAGCAGAACUCAUUUAGAAACCAGUAGAAAGAAAAAGUAAUACCUGUAAAAAAAAAUCCAUCACUUUCUUUUUCAACAUUUUAGCUCCCUACUUGAAUAUCAUCAUCUAAGCUAAAAUUUCCCCCAAUGAAUAAAUAAAUUGAUUUAUGAAUUGUUUAACAUAGAAAAUAGUUGAAAUUAAACUGUAAUUCUUCUAUUUAGUGGUAUAAUUGAGUUGUUUUAGAGACAUGGACAAGGCCAUCUCUAACUUCUAUGAAGGAUAAAAAAAGAUUACAAUUUUUACCAUCUUGAACAAGAACUUCCUAUUACCAUAAAGAAUGAAUGGCUAUCUUCACUUUUUCAUUUUACCCAAGAAUAUCAUUAUAUCAUCAUCAAUUUUUUUAGAGAGAAUGAGUUUGGGAAAGGAAGAAAAAGAUGAUUAUAAUAUUAUGGAUUUCUGUUGACAAUUGAAAAUGUUGUUAUGCAGAGUUUUCCCUGUGCCCUAUUCUUGUAGGAUUAGAAUUUUCCAGUUGGAUUGACUUGACUGUCAAAAAGUCAAGUUGAUUUUUCUUUCCCCAGAUUAAGUUGAUAAUUGGCUGAAUAAAAUGUUAAUAACAAUUAGGAAAGGUAGGAUUUUAAAGCUACUUAACAAAACAAACUUUGUGGGACUAUUUUUUUUUUAUUUUUGGUAAAUUCUCCAGAGGACACAUUGUAUAAAGUUAUGGCUUCCUGUUCCAUGAAGUAUUUCUUCCUUGACCUACCUGCCAUAACUGCUUAGCUUACACUUAAAGAAAAAAAGGUUUCCAUUCCACUAUUGAAUCUUUAAAGAAAAAUCAAGGUACAGUCUUUCUUUUUCACACAAAAGCAUUCAGAGCACUAGUUUUAAAGAGAGCUUAAUUCUUGCACUAGAUGUUUUUAACUCUCUUUUUUUGUUCAAAACACAGGAAUGCUACCCUCUCUUGUCUUUCUUAACAUCUGCAGGAUUUUUUUCCUUUUCUGUGCCCAGUUCAGAUUGUCUUGCUUUCAAUACCAGCUACUCUCUCUCAUUUUUCCUCCACUACUGUUUCACCCUUUCCUUCUUUCUCUUGCUUUGCCUCAGUCUUCUUACUUUCCCCCUGUAUUCCUCAUACUUAGAAUUGUCUGUAACUUCUCAUCUGGACAAACAUCUCCUAGUUUUGACCUAGACUCAAAUCCCAUUUCUUAAUUGUUCUCUUCUAAGUAGCCAUCCUCUUCUCUACCAAUAAUUUCUUUGGGUAACCAUCCCAACCUCAUUAGGCUAUGUAUGUAUUUUAAACAAAUAAGCAAAAAUAAAUUCAAAUUUAUCUGCCUUGCUAGUCAAAAUGCUUUUCUUAGAGGUUGGGGACUCUUUGAUGUCUUCUGAAGAGUACAUAUCACUUUAUCUUUUCAGUAGAGGUGGCAAUAUCUCAUUGCAUUAGCAAAAAUUGAAAACUGUACGUUUCAUGUAUAUUGGUCAUCUAGAUAUCACUCAGACAUCGAAUGGUUUAUUUAUUUAAAGCAUAUCAAUGACACUUUUCCUGAAGUGAAUCUUAUAUUUUCAACCUUCUUAAACAAAGUAUUGCAAACAUGAGUUAAUCUUUAUAUAAUGAUUCUGUGAUCAUCAUUACUGUAUUAGUUUACUAGGGCUACUGUAACAAAGUACCAUAAACAGGAUGCCUUAAACAACAGAAAUGUACAGUGUCAGAGUUCUGGCAGGUAGAAUCAGCAGGGUUGGUUUCUUCUGAGGGUUGUGAGAAGAAAUCUGUACCAUCCUUCUUUCCUAACUUCUGAUUGUUUGCUGGCAAUCUUUGGUGUUCUUUGGCUUGUAGAAGUAUCUCUCUGAUUUCUGUCAUCUUCAGAUAGUGUUCUCCCCAUGUGCAUAUGUGUGUCCAAAAUCCCCCUUUUUAUAAAGACACCAAUAAUAUUGGAUUGGGGUCCAUUCUACUCCAGUAUGACCUCAUCUUAACUAAUUGUAUCUGCAAUGACCCUAUUUCCAAAUAAAGUCACAUUCUGAGUUAUUGGGGGUUAGAACUUCAACAUAUGAAUUUUGAGGGGAUAUGAUUCAACCCAUAACAAAUAUAAAUAUUUUUUUUGUAUAGACCUCUACCACACUGAUUUCUGUAGGACACAAUUAUAGAUAUGUUUGCAAACUGUACAUAGUUCUCAGCCUUGGAUACUUCAUCUCUCCCCUACUCCUUUCUUCCUCUUCACUCUGAGACACAGAGUGAUUAUUUCUUACAGUUCCCAUUGUGCUUUCUUCUGGAAGUAUCUCAUCUUUCCAUCUAACAUGAAUGGAGGUCCCAGAUAACUAAUGCUACUAUGUAGUAAGGAAGAAUACAUAGGUUCCAAGUUAAAGUCUCACUGAUGAAUAAAGAUAAGUUUGGACAAUCAUGUGUAUUUUAUGGCAUUUUUUUUAGUUUCUCAAGGACUCUAUUUUCUCUUUUCUGGGUUCAUGACCAUGUUAAAUCGAGAUAUAGUUAUAGGUGAAUAUGAGAAGGCUGGGUAAUAGAGGUAUUAAUGUAUUAUUUUCUCAUGACAGAUAUGAAAGUUAAAGCAAUAUAUCUGAUUAAAAUAUUAGAAAUUGUAUUAUCCUGUCUACUAGUUACGCAGGAGUUUACCCAUUAGUGUAGGAAAAUCAGAGUUCUCCUUAGAAUUCUGUAAGGUGUGAAAUCUGAGUAGAACAGACUUAUCCUUUUGUAUAGUGUCUAUCACACUGAGAUCAUUCAGCAAACAUAAUGGUAGUGCAGAACUGUGUUGAAGUCAAAUGCUGUGAGUGGGAAAGGAAAUGUGCACAUUUAGUUCUUAUCAGGUAGUCCUUCCUGGCUGGAUGAGGGGCCUGUGCCCACAGGUGCUGACCUACCAGGAGUGGCCCAUGUGGUUCUCAGGGUACCAUGCUGAUGAGCCACCCACCAUGGUUCCAGUUUUGGCAGCCACAGCUAAAUUGGCUCUUUGAUCUUUGGAGUGGCUGCCACAGUCCUGCCACAGUGACUGUCUCUGUUUGUUUUGCCCCUCCCUUUUUUCAUUACUCCCACCUGGCACUAUAGGACAAAAAAAUGAGAGGUGGGAGGAGGUUGGGAGGGGACACUUCAGGAACACAGCUUUGCCAAAUAUGAAAAGCUAUUUAAGCAGUUCUGGUUCCAAAAGCUCAUGUAUAACAUUUCUGCCAACCCAUUAGUGAAUACAUUUUAUUUUAUAUAUCAUUCAACAGUCUGCUAAAAUUCACUUUCCCUGAUUUGGCUUUCUCAUUACCAGGGUCUUAGAGCUGCCAUAAAAAUAGUCUUAGAAAUAGUCUCCCUUCAUAAAUAUAUGAAUAUGCUUAGAAAUAUUUAUUUCAUCUUAUGCCUUGAUAUUUUAAGAUCAAUUCCUCUAAUAUAUCCAUAUUUGAAAAUCAGCUUUGUUGACUUGAUUGUAUUGGUCAUAUUUUUUAAACUGUAUGAAAUUUUUGUUGAAAAGUUUUAAUAGAUUAUGCAAUAGUCUCUCUAUUCUAAUGCAGUAUUUGAACCAAAAUGUAAACAUGACAAUACCCAUUUUAUAGCUGAAAAAGUGAAAAUCUGAGGUACUAAAUAUGUUAUUAAGAUUAUACAGGGUGUUGGUGUCAUUCUACCCAUUUGAUACUGCUAGUAUCAUUGGAUACCCUGAAAUUUAGGAAUUUAACAUAUGCUCUAUGAGAUGAUAGAAAUAUUUUCUCCACAUUAUCUUGAUAAUAUCAUUUAGGUAUCAUAGAUAAGGAGACAGAAAACUGAGACAUUAGGGGAUAUUAAAUGACUUGUAGCAAAUCACAUAGCAAGGUCACAGGAAAGCUGACAAGGUCUUGGACUCCUUCACUGUGUGAACUAGCCAUGACUAGUUUUCUGACAAGAAAUAUUUUUCUCCUUUGGGGAAUCCCAAUUUUCACAUUUGUAAAGGUUGGAGACUUUCACUGAAAAAGUAAUGCCUCAAGGGACAAGGACCUUUUGAGAAAUUUAAGGUUUUAAUCUCAACCUAGUACAGUCAAAUAUAUUGAUCACCACUUAACAAUUUAUGAAUAUUUCUAAAAUUCUUGUUUAGACAGAAUUAAAUCACCUUUCCCCUCCAUCAUUAUCCAGUUAUCACUUAGUGAAAUAUUUAGGUAUUUAUGUAUUUAUGUACAUACGUAAAAAUGCAUAAGUUUGGAAGCUGUAAAGUAUAUGGAAUUUAUUUGAGAAAACGUUAUAAAAAAAAUAGUAUCAACUUUGAACUGUUUCUGUUCUAAUGUCUACUUGUCAUCAUUUUUAACCAGAAGAUUAAAUUUCCCUAAAUAAGUCUGGAGAAUCAGGUAGUUAAUAAGGAAAGAGAGACUCAACCUGGCCAAAAUUUUACUAAGUCAUUGUUACCAAGCUAGGUAUCCCAGGGAAAGAGUACAUGAAGUAGUCUUCCAUACUUCUUCUUUCUACCAAUUAGGGUUUCUAACUGAGAAAUAAGCAGAUUCUAGAAAGCUCUGACUGCCCAAGAGAUCCCACUCAGGCUACUGUGGCUCAGAAAAUCCCUGUGCUUAUUAAUUGGUCUGCUGAUUUCCCCAUCUCCUGAUCUCAGGUAGAGGCCAUCGAAUAAGAACCAAUAAUGGAGGGUCCAGGCAGUUCCUUAUCCCAAAGGAAUCCUCAAAAGAGAAACCUUACAUACACAUUCAAGUAAAUGAGAAGAGCCUUUGUGAAGCCCCUCCAAUGACCCCCUCCAUGAAGAAAUACCCCCAUUUCACCUACAACCAGCUCUAUCACCAUCAGUAAAUGUGUGUUCCACUAAUAUUUGCUCUAUACUUUAGAUCAAGAACUGGAGAUGGCUGGUUUAAAUCAAGGUCAAGUGAGAAGAAAGUAUGUGGAAAAGGCAUCAGGGUGCCUGGAGUUGGAGAAUGCUGGUAGUUAGCUGGUAGUUAGCAAACUUAGCAGCAUCGGGUUGUCUGAGGAAAGCCUAUGACUGUGCUGAGUGCUGGCUUCCGCAGUGAGUCCCAAAUAAGCUUUUACAUCUCCACUAAAUGAAAUGUAACAUUGUAUUAAUCAGUUGGAAAAUUAAGAUUUUUUUGUCUAUUAUUAACUGGUAAAUUCUUGUGUCAUCUCUUUCUAUUUUGUGGGUCAGCUCUGUUUUCUUAAACACAACCAUUUCAACUAUAUUAUUAACAUUCUCAAAGGAAAUUCUACCAGACUACCAAGUCCAAUUUGCUUUAGCUAAGAGUUACUUACAUUUAUUGUCUAAGGCAGGCUUACAUAUUACAUGUGUCAUUUGGCUCAGAAACAGAAAAUUUUAGUUGUAUUAAUAAGCUUUAACUCUGAAUGCUUCAAAUGCCAUAUAUUGUGCAUCUAUUCUGGGCUAAUUUCUAUGCUUUGUACCCUACUACAUUACCUCCUUUAAUUUUCACAACAAACCAUUUUAGAGAUAAGAGAAUUGAGCCUCAGAGAACCUAAUUAAUUUGACGGAGGGCACACAGCUAAUAAGUGACCAAGCAAGGAUUCAAACCUAAGCCUUUCUGACUCAAGGUCUUCCUCUCACUUUUUAAACCACUGUCUCAUUCUGCUUCUAAAGGUGUAGAAGAUUCUGAAUUACCUUCUAAGAGUUUGUGAAGUUUUAAUAAGGGAGAAGGGGGCUGCCAUAGCACAUGUUUCUGUGGUGCUAGUUUUUAUUAUCUAAAACAUGCCCAACUCAAGCUAGUUGCCAGUUUGUCCCAACUGCUAGCCUGUUGAUACCUUAAAUGCUAUUUUCCAGUCUUAUUUUAUGAGACAUGCCUCUCAUUAAAUAUAGAAGUUUAGCUCAAUUCUCAAAUUAACCUCAAAACUACCUUAAUUUUGCUAGGUUAAAAAUAAUAACAUAAAUAUUAUAUGUGACUAGGUAACUAUAAAGUAGUGGAACUGAUUUUUGGUGGGUGUUAGUGGCACUGGUCUCAUUGUUUAGAAUGAAUCCACAUAGUGCAUAUCCAGAUUUACCACUUGUGAGUUUCAUAAUCUAUUAAAUGGAGAUGGUAAUAGUACCUACUUUGUAAUAUUGUGAGGAUUAAAUGAGAUAAUAUAUGUAAAGUUCUUAGAUCAGCUCCUAGCAUAUAGUAAAUGGUAAACUUAUUAUAUAUGAGUAUUGCAGAAAUAAAAAUCAAACCAUAACUGGUAGGUGCUUGGUACAUGUCAGGAGCUCAAUACAUAUCUGUUGAAUAAAUUAAUACAUUGUAUCAGUUCUUCAAACUGGCUAGUGGUUAAUGAUUUAUGGUAAAUGCAGUAUUCUUCUGGCUGCCUCACUAUUGAGUUUAAUAUAAAACAAAAUGUUUAAUGUCAUUAAGAACUCUACGCAAUCUUCAGGAGCAUUUCCUAGCUCUGAAAGAGCUUUUUUUUGCUAUUGGGGUAUCAUUUCUUUUCCUCAACAUUUUCACUCUUAGUACUGUAUAGCCUGUACUCUCUGGCUAGAGUUAUACGUGUGACCAAUGAAUGGAUAUAGAUUUUCCCCUUCCUUUAUUGGUCAUGCAGAUAUGAUUUAUCUUAUGGCUUAAUGAAAACAGAAGCUGUACAAGUAUGUACAUAGUGAAAGAAGAUAGAUGGGCUGGAAAAAAACAAAAAGUCAGUAUGUGUUGUGAAUGCUUCCUAUUUGCCUAAGACAACUGAAAACCCUGGAGAUACUGCUUACUUUUCUGGUGAUGUCAAGAUAUCACAGUUUAGGGAGCCUUUUUUUCUUAAGAAAUUCAUUUUAAAAUCCUGAAAUGUUUAUCAUUAUAAACCUGAACUUAUCAUGCUUUAAAUACCAUAGUUUCUAAAUGGUAAUCUAAUUCUAAUAAAAGUUCAAAGGUUUGCCUCUCUCUAGAAUGUUCUUCUACCAGUGAUAUUUCUACUCUAUCUUUAGAAAUAGUCCAUGCAUCACUUCUAGAAGCCCUGCCUCAUACUUUUAUGCAUAUUUAUGUCAUUCCCUUUGUUAUAGUGUAUUAUAUUGGGUUGACCAAAAAGUUUGUUUGGGUUUUUUGGUAAGAUGUUACUGAAAAACCAGAAUGAACUUUUUGGCCAACCCAAUCGUUUUCUGUUUAGAUUUUCCCUUUUUGAAUCUAGUGGCUAAAUUGUGAGCUUCUUGAAGAUGAGGAUAGUGCUUUAUUUAUCUCUUGAUACAUAGUAUUAUUCAGUUCCUAGGAUAGAGUAGGUGCUCAAUAAAUAUAUACCCAAUAAAUUAAUGAACUUGCAGACACACACACACACACACACACACACACACACACACAUAUUAGAUCAAGGCAUGAAUAAAAUGUCCUAUAACUUUGCAUGUUCCUUAAGUGCUUGUGAACCUUUUAACAUUGCUUAUGAAUAGACUGAUAUAUUUCUGAAUGUUCUAGUCACCUUGAGGGAAACUUUCUAAUCUUUGAAAAAAAAAAUUUUUUUUUUUUUACCUUUUCUUAUUCUUUGUUUUUACUUUGAGCGUCACUUUUGCACAUGGAUUCAAGUGUGCUGUCAAGUACUGAUUGUUUGACUGGACCAUACAGUGUUAUGAAUCCUUAGUUUUAUUCACACACUGCCUGUUUGGUGGCUUUGUUCAAGUACAUAAUCUUAUGUUAUAUAAUAAAUACAUGGAUUGUGUCAGUUAACUGGAAAAGUCUUACUUUCAAAAGCAGUUCUCAGCAUUUAAUACAGUGCUUGGCAUAUAGUUGGGACUCAGUAAAUGUUUGUGGAAUGCAUGAAUAAAUCAGCCAUUAUUGUUAACUGUUUUGAAGAUGAGGUAUGAGAUUUAAAAAAAAAAAAAAGACUAAAUGAAAUGCCUAGUAUCAGACAGUGGAUGAGAGCAAAUCUGACACUCAUAAUUCUUACCUCUGUAGAGUCUCUCAGUCGUUACAGAGGCUCACUGAGAAGUGCCGUAUAUGUCUGAUUUCUCAACUUCACCCUGCCGUAAACUUUUGCAAUCUGAAGGCUAGAGACCGCUUUUGUAAAUGUUGUCUGCCCGAUAACUGUGUUGGCACCGAGGAGGCCUUAGCAGAUAAAGUUGAGAAACAUAUGGCUCCCAUCUGAAUACAAAUUGGUGGACAUAACAUGGUAAUUCAGCAGAGAUGUCCUCUAUAUUGUAAACUGAAAGAGUAUGAUUAGAGGUGUUUAUAAACGGCAUCUGAAUUCCCCCCACCCCUCCCCACCUCUUUUCCACUGUAGUUUUAUUGGCCUGAAUCAUAGCCAUCUAGCGUCCCAGUCUCACCGCAUUAUUUGUUAAAGUGGCCAGCGUGAGGAAUUAUUAAUUAAAGCUAACAAAUCACCCUGACGAGCUGUGCCCUGGCAUGGCUGAAGGUUGAUUGGCGAAAGUGUUCUCCUUUGGAGAAAAGACUUUUUGUGCUCGUGACGCAGUCAGGGACGGAUUAUUGAAUAUGCAAGUUAGAAGAAAAAUCACAGGACAAGCAAAUUGAGUAUUUACUGGCAAAUAAUUGCUCUCUUAAGCUGUGGCUCUCUUCCUAAAUUCUUAACAUUCCCGAGGGUUAGAAAGAAACACAGAAAAAUGCAUCGGUACAGAGUACAUUUCAAAAAAAUUACAUAGGCUGAUGUUUCAGACUUGUGCAGAAUGUUUCACCAUCACUAACUGGAUUUUCCUCGUGACGUUGCCGUCUGUUCCUUGACCGUCAUUCUGUGGCCUGCCCCUUCUCUUUAUAUGCAGCCGCUCUCUGCUCCCUGCCCCAAUGAACAUCUGCACUAGGCCCAAGCCUUGGAGUGAUUUACCUGAAGAGUGACACCAUUUAUUUGAAAACUACUAUGAGGAAACUGAAGCCCAGAGAGGUGAAGUGAGGUGCCCAAGGCCACACAGCAAGUUAGAGGCACAGCUAGUACCAUAGCCCAAGUCUUCAGACUCCCAGUCCAGUGCUCCUCCCAUUACUCCACGGGUCCUGUCUCUAAGCUUCCUGACAAAUGCUAGAACGGAAGAAACCCAAGACAGCUGAAAACCAGAAGGCAUCUGAGGAGAAUGAGAUUACUCAGCCGGGUGGAUCCAGCGCCAAGCCGGGCCUUCCCUGCCUGAACUUUGAAGCUGUUUUGUCCCCAGGCCCAGCCCUCAUCCACUCAACACAUUCACUGACAAACUCUCACGCUCACACCGGGUCAUCUGAUUGUGACAUCAGUUGCAAGGGGAUGACCGAGCGCAUUCACAGCAUCAACCUUCACAACUUCAGCAAUUCUGUGCUCGAGACCCUCAACGAGCAGCGCAACCGUGGCCACUUCUGUGACGUGACGGUGCGCAUCCACGGGAGCAUGCUGCGCGCACACCGCUGCGUGCUGGCAGCCGGCAGCCCCUUCUUCCAGGACAAGCUGCUGCUGGGCUACAGCGACAUUGAGAUCCCGUCCGUGGUGUCCGUGCAGUCGGUGCAAAAGCUCAUUGACUUCAUGUACAGUGGCGUGCUGCGCGUCUCGCAGUCGGAAGCCCUGCAGAUCCUGACGGCCGCCAGCAUCCUGCAGAUCAAAACGGUCAUCGAUGAAUGCACGCGCAUCGUGUCGCAGAACGUGGGCGAUGUGUUCCCGGGGAUCCAGGACUCGGGCCAGGACACGCCACGGGGCACUCCCGAGUCGGGCACCUCGGGCCAGAGCAGCGACACCGAAUCAGGCUACCUGCAGAGCCACCCGCAGCACAGCGUGGACAGGAUCUACUCGGCGCUCUAUGCAUGCUCCAUGCAGAACGGCAGCGGCGAGCGCUCCUUCUACAGCGGUGCGGUGGUCAGCCACCACGAGACGGCGCUCGGCCUGCCCCGCGACCACCAUAUGGAAGACCCCAGCUGGAUCACGCGCAUCCACGAGCGCUCACAGCAGAUGGAGCGAUACCUGUCCACCACCCCCGAGACCACGCACUGCCGCAAACAGCCCCGGCCGGUGCGCAUCCAGACCCUGGUGGGCAACAUCCACAUCAAGCAGGAGAUGGAGGACGACUACGACUACUACGGGCAGCAAAGGGUGCAGAUCCUGGAGCGCAACGAGUCCGAGGAGUGUACGGAAGACACCGACCAGGCCGAGGGCACCGAGAGUGAACCCAAGGGCGAAAGCUUCGACUCGGGCGUCAGCUCCUCCAUAGGCACCGAACCCGACUCCGUGGAGCAGCAGUUCGGGCCUGGGGCGGCGCGGGACGGCCAGGCCGAAUCCGCCCAACCUGAGCAGGCUGCGGAAGCCCCGGCUGAGGGCGCCCCGCAGCCGCAUCAGCUAGAGACCGGUGCCUCGUCCCCGGAAAGAAGCAACGAGGUGGAGCUGGACAGCACGGUGAUCGCCGUAAGCAACAGCUCCGACAAGAGCGCCCUGCAGCAGCCUGCGGUCAACACGUCCAUCGGGCAGCCACUGCCAAGCACCCAGCUCUACUUACGCCAGACGGAAACCCUCACCAGCAACUUGAGGAUGCCUCUGACCUUAACCAGCAACACACAGGUCAUUGGCACAGCCGGCAACACCUACCUGCCGGCCCUCUUCACCACCCAGCCCGCGGGCAGCGGCCCCAAGCCUUUCCUCUUCAGCCUGCCACAGCCCUUGGCAGGCCAGCAGACCCAGUUUGUGACAGUGUCCCAGCCCGGCCUGUCAACCUUUACUGCACAGCUGCCAGCGCCACAGCCCCUGGCCCCAUCUGCCAGCCACAGCACAGCCAGUGGGCAGGGCGAAAAAAAGCCUUAUGAGUGCACUCUCUGCAACAAGACUUUCACCGCCAAACAGAACUACGUCAAGCACAUGUUCGUACACACAGGUGAGAAGCCCCACCAAUGCAGCAUCUGUUGGCGCUCCUUCUCCUUAAAGGAUUACCUUAUCAAGCACAUGGUGACACACACGGGAGUGAGGGCGUACCAGUGUAGUAUCUGCAACAAGCGCUUCACCCAGAAGAGUUCCCUCAACGUGCACAUGCGCCUCCACCGGGGCGAGAAGUCCUAUGAGUGCUACAUCUGCAAAAAGAAGUUCUCCCACAAGACCCUCCUGGAGCGACACGUGGCCCUGCACAGUGCCAGCAAUGGGACCCCUCCCGCAGGCACACCCCCAGGGGCCCGAGCUGGCCCCCCAGGGGUGGUGGCCUGCACGGAGGGGACCACCUACGUCUGCUCCGUCUGUCCAGCAAAGUUUGACCAAAUCGAGCAGUUCAACGACCACAUGAGGAUGCAUGUGUCUGACGGAUAAGUAGUAUCUUUCUCUCUUUCUUAUGAACAAAACAAAACAACAAAAAAGAAACAAACGAAAAAAAGCUAUGGCACUAGAAUUUAAGAAAUGUUUUGGUUUCGUUUUUACUUUCUGUUUUUGUUUUUGUUUCGUUUCAUUUUGUACUACAUGAAGAACUGUUUUUGCCUGCUGGUACAUUACAUUUCGGAGGCUCAGGGGAAUAAUAGUUCUCCCAGUCUCCCUCGGAUGGUGGCCUUAAGGCCUGGUAGUGCUUCAGGAGGUCCACUGGUUGGAUCUCUAGCUACUGGCCUCUAAAUACAACCCUUCUUUACAAAAAAAUCUUUAAAAAAAAAAGUAAAAAAAAAAAAAUUUUCUUUUUUCACUUGUGAAGAGCACUACAAAAAUAUAUAACAAAAUCUAAAAGGCCUACUGUCUUUAAGUACACCGCUUGCAGUGUUUCAGUGGACAUUUUCACAAUUCUGGCCGCUUGGACUUCACAGUAACCAGUUAAAACUGUGGAAUAUCACUUUCUGGUUGAAAACCCAGAGGAAAGGCCCUGCUGUUUUCCACCCCCAACGUUGUCUGAUUUCAUGCAAGGGCUGUGGGUGUGGGAAGGGGCGUGGGUUUGGCGGUGUGGGAAAGGCAGACGGCAGGCUUCUCCCCCAGAUUCUGCUCGGUCCACACACCCUGGCCCACCUCCUCCAUGCCCCCCCCUUUCAGCAGAAGCCAGGAAGACUUGGACAAGCAUCAAGCAACAGUGGCUAUCGUAUUUAUUCAGUGUCUUCGCUGAGCCCCAGACUCAGCACAAUCAAGAGGGACUUUCAUGAAAGGCAGGAAUGCAGAUAAAACAAAGAUAUCAGAGGUUUGCACCUACGUUUCUAGGUACAAGAGAAGGAUUAUUUCCAACAAUCUUUGCAAAAAACAAAAACAAACAAAAAAAAAGUGUCAGGAUAUAUUCUUGUGGAAGAGAAAAAGAAAGAGAAAUGGAGGGGGGGGGAAUAAUAAAAAGUUCUUGAGGCUUUUUUAAUUCAAAAUUUUAUAGAGGGGCAAAAGUGACGUUUACCAGAUAGAAUGCUGAUUUUUUUAAUAUAUUUACAACAGUAUUUGUGUAAAAAAAAAAACAAAAAAAGUGAGAUUGUUAAAAGUAAUUUUUUUUUCAUUUUGGUUUUGCAUACACUGCCACCAAUCCCUUCUCUUUUAUUUUAUUUCACACACAUAUAUAUAUUUUUUGGUAAGUCAAGACUGUUAAGGUUAGCGAUACUGCUUCCAGAUAGAAAGAAUAAAAGGCAAUUAAAGUUAUAUUUGAAAGAGAGGAAGGAUAUUUUCUUCAUAUUUUUUUAAAUUUUUCUUAAUUUUUAUUAUUUUAAGUAUUGCCUGGGUUGAUGAGGGCCUCUGGCCAGCCCAUCCCUGCUGUAAUUUGAACUGCUGCUUUGUAUUUUGAUAUGUAGUCUUUCGACUUUUAGCAAGCUUAUGUUGCUCCACUGAAUAUUUUUUUCAAUGGAUUCAUCUAGAAUUCUGUUCUUUUUCAUGGGAGGGACUUUAUCUUUCAGAAACAGAUUUCUUGCUUCUCUGAAAGUUCAUUGAGAUCUUAUGAUUCUAGAAUUUCUAUUGACUUUACCUUUUUUUCUUUGAUGAAACACUAGUAGUCUAGAGGUCUUGACAAAAGUGUUCUUUCCUUUUGUGGUCAGCCGGGAGGAGCAGUUCACAAAACUCUACUGUCCCUCCUCACCCUUCACAACUACAGAGAGCGGCGUUAUCAGAAGCCUGUUGCAGAUCAGAAUGCCUCGAUGCCGAAAUUACUUUCUUCCUUUCAAAGAUCACCUUCUGUUUCCACCAUGGUUGAGAGGGCUAAAUAAGAUGAUUAUUCUUUAGAUGAUUUAUUAACCCUUGCUUGUUAGUAAGGUUUUAAAGAAACUAACAAAAAUCUCCCAGAUGCCAACAUCCACCAUUCAAAAGGCCACCAAUUCACUGCGUCAUCUUAGAUGCCACUCUCUCUUCCUAGUUUGGAUUUCUCUCCUCGGUCCUGAUCAAGGUAUCAGAACAGAGAUUUUUCCAUGAUAGACAGUGUCCUAAAGGGAUUCCAACUCAAAUAUCGGAAUUUUUAAACCUAAUGAAAACUCCAAAGGUGAUUUCAUUGCUGGGCAUAUUUUAACACACUUAAGGGGAAAGGUAAAUCUUUAAACAAAACAGAAACACUAAACUACAGUUUAAAAAGAAAAAAAGAAGGAAAGAAAGUAUUUCAGUUUCAAAAUUACUUUGCAUUUUAAUUUAAUUUUCCUAUCAGCAACUUAUUUACAAAAACUGUGUGACAAAUGAGGAGAAAUCUUCCAAGGAAAGCAACUGUAUAAUAACUAAAGUGGUUUUACUCAUACAUUUUAGGAUUGGUUAACUUGUAUCUUUUCCAUAAGUUCUUGGUGAUGUUUAGUAGGGUUAGUGCGACUGGACUGGCAUAUAUGUGAGUUUCAUUUGGUCCUGUGGUCCUUCAUUCAGUAAAUAUUUUGCUAGUAGUUUUAAUGUAGACUUGGAUGAUUAAUUGACCUUUAAGUAUCACCCAUCGUGAUUUCUAAGAGGAGUCCUACUAAAAACUAUCUGUCCAAAAUUGACCUGUUUUAAAAGCUAGUGGGAAACAGCUUCAGAAACAAGAAAUAGUCCAUUUUCUCUUGCUUUUUGAAAUAGCUAUCUUAAGUAAGACUCCAGUAUUUCCACUUACUACCUACAGAGGGAGCAUUAGUUAAUUAACCAUGGCCUAGAAUUUUGAUAUUUUGAAAAACAAGUCAUUCAACCCAUGAUGUAAAACAGAAGAAAUUGACAUUAAAAAAAUAUCUUUUUAAUCUAGAGGAAAAUGACAUGAAAUCACUCAGCAUAUGUUACAAAUGGAAGAAGGCCAAAAGCCACUUUAAAGUAUUUUGUAUUAUUGGACAGUAGCUCGUUUAGAAUAGUGGCCUUACACAAACCUUAGCAAAGUAGACAGAUGUUAUAGGACCUCCAGAAACGUGAUCUUGGGUGGCGGUAUGGGCCACAUUUAGCUAUCUGCUUGUCAAAUCUGAGGGACACUCAUUUGCCUUAGUGCUGAUUUGCCAUGUAAAAAACUAAGCAAUUGGGUUAAAAUUUACCUUUUGUUAUAGGACACGUGGGGAAAAAAAUACCAGUUGGGUUUAAACUCUAAUAGUCAUCCUUUCCCUUCAAAUGAAGUAUCUCUUUUUUGUAAAUGUUAGAGGACUCCCAAAGAAUUCCUGGUGAGGUGAUGUAAUCAUUAUAACAAUAUGGACUAUCUAGGUUUGCAUAGCAGUAGACUUUUUCUUACUGUGUGUCUGUUCCUCCCAAACAUCUCAUAGUCCAAAAUAGUUGACAGACUGUUCUCUGGAGAAAGGAAGCAGCUAGAUUGGAGUGGAAGAUCUAAGCUGGGGAGCAGUGAACUUGCUGUGGGACCUUACUCCAUGUUCUGGCCUCUGAAAGGGCUGCUUCCAAACUGACCUACAUUUUAGGAAAUAAACUAGUCCGUGCCUAUUUCAAAAGGAUAGAGUUGCUUUUAGUUUGUCAAUCCUUCUUUUCAAAUUAAAUAAUCACCAACAUCUUAGGAAAGGGGAAACAUUUUGCUUCAAGAAUAGAAGAUGAGCAUAGAUUCUUUUAUUCUUUUAGUUUCAAAUCCAACAAUCUUCUUACAUUUGGAACUUUAUGCUAGGAUGCUGUGAGUGCUUAAAAAAAAAAAAACAAAAAACUUCAGUAGCCAGGAAAAAAAAAAAAUAGAUGAAAUGGAAGAAAGUGUUCCAGAUUUAAGACCUCUUAGGAUGAGUACAGGGAACAAGAACUGGUAUGGAAAAGUACUCUUUUUUUUUUUUUUAGCAAUUUAUGACUUAAAACUGGAUUAGCUGGACAAAGGAAAGGAAAAAGUCAAAGGGGAACGUUUAUCUCUAGACAGUUAGAUACAGUUUAUGAAAAAUAAAAUUUUCUAGCACUAAAACAUCAGUAGCAUCUUAGCGGAGUGGGCAAGUUUUCCCCUAUUGAUGUAAUAAAUGCCAAAAUUUGUACCCCCCCCAAAGCCCCAAAUGUGUAAAAUAGAGCCCAAAAGAAGGAAGGAAUUGAGACAUAUGGGUCUGAUACAAAUCUACACAUGGGAAAAGAUUGAGAAACAAGCCAGGCCAAAAAAGACUCUGAAACGAAAGUCUCUAUAUCAAAAUAUUUCUUAUUAUACAGUUUGAGUUGUAAACUUUAGCUUCUAAUAACAGUUUUAUAGACUUUUUCUUCCCCAAAUUCCUAAUGCUCUGAAUCUGUUUGUGCCAUGAGUAAGUGUAGUGAAUACUUUCCUGCUGUUGUUCAGGCUGAAGCCCAUUCCUUCUUCCUAGGCAUCUCGAGGGUCACAGUAGCUCCUGGCCUUAGAAGGAAAGACUUGAAUUUGCUGUGUUUAAAAGUCACAGGGAUUUUAUUUUGUAUCAGCUCAACAUUCUGUAAGGACCAAGAAAACUUCUUCCAACUCAUGAACAGUUAGAAUUUGUGCAUUGUGAUAUGAAAAGAGAAAAGGUUUCCUCUGGGUGUGUUAAGUUUCAUGUUAGUCCUAAAGCCUUCACCUACCUGUACCCCAUCAUACAAGCACACCAACGGUAUGUGCCCAGCCCAGGCCCCUCAUCAGUGUUUUCCCUCAGCACGGAAGUUGAAAGUGAGGUGUGCUUCGUAUAAAAUCCCUCAGAGCCCCGAGAGAACAUAAUAAGGGUCAAGUCGCAUCCUCGGUGUGGCUCCCCAGAAUGUUCCCAAUACCUGCUGCCCUGAGGACAGGGGGCAGUGAGGUAGAUCUGGCCAGGAUUCCCACUAGCUAUGCCCAUUUUGGAGCCUUCCUCUAUUGUUCUAGAAGAUGUCAUUUAAUCAGUCGGGGCUGGGAGCAGAGUAUGUGUGACUGCAGCAAAGGUAUCAGAUAACCACAUCAGGUCUGCAUCUGCUACAGCCAGUGCGCUGCUGCAGCAAAAAAAAGGCAAAAGGAAGGCGCAAGGGAGGAGUAGGCACCACCUGAGAUGCCCCUGGGAUUUAGGAGAAGGGAGAGUGCCCUUUCUGUUGUGACCUGACUCUUAAAAGAAAUCUUCUGAAAGAAUAAUAUAGUCAUGAGUUGAAGUCCAGGGUAGUGGGAGCCCUGGCGAAGGGAACAGGACUGCGAAACGUAUUCAGCACCAAUAAUGCGAAGCCAGAAAGCAUCCAAUCGCAACACUAGGAGGUUUGGCAAGAGGCCUUUAGAGAAAGCUCUGGGUUUUUCCGGGGGUAGGGUGGACAGACUUUUCAGUGAUUUCUGGCUCUGAGAAACCUCUUUACUAACUAUAAAAGAACUUUAUUUAAAUGGCCAAUUUUGUCCCCCAGAGAAAGAAAUUUUAUAAAGAGAAAAAUAGGACACUGAAGACAGAACCAUGGGACUUGGUGUCGAACAAAAGGAAGGGUGCACUAGAAUUUCAAUCGACUCCCUGAUUCCACAGAAGUGCCGGGCAACCCAGUGCCCCAUGGUGUGCGGUGUGCGAGGAGGGUGCCUGAGCUGAGCCGGGCUCCCCGAGGCUAGACGCGCCCUCACGGUGGUCCGGCAGCAGCUGCUUUCGCUUCUGUGUUCUCGUGAAAAAAGGGGCUGUUCUCUUAGGUGCCCGGGAAAUAGAUGACAUGGGGCAAACUUUCAAAAGCAAUCUCUACCCUGGGGCUCAGGCCACAUAUGGAGACAGAAAAGGGGCACAGAGGGGCUCUUGCUCCAGAGAGAAUAUUUUCAGAUUCGCAACAGCUGUUUGUGUAGGGUUGCCAUUUCUGAUACUGCUUAAACCUCCCCAAGUAGGAAAGCUGUGGUGACUCAGUGUUCCUGUAAACGCAGAGCCUGGAAAUUACUAACCCAAAGCAUCAUUUCUAACACUAGGUGCUAAGAUGAUUAGCCUGACCAAAACACCCCAGAGAACUUGGUAAGUCUCUGAAUAUUUUUUCUCCUGGGACACCAAAUCCAUGGUGGUCAGUGGUGCGCAUUAACAGAUCCCAGAAAAUGGCAUGGAACACUAGGGUUCCUCUGGAUUCUUUUUAGGGUGAAGAGGUAGAAGAUGAGGACUGCACAGUGUGCGUUCUUUUUCAGAACUAUGUAUUUCACUGAACGAAGGGUAGAAAUGCCCUGGGUUGAAACAAGAAACAUCAUUUUCCACACCGCUGACCAAAAAUGCUUGGUUUCCGGGGGUUCUUCAGGCCCAGCCCUUUGCUCCAAAAACUGAAUAAUUUCAGACUAAAUCUUAUCUGAAGCGACCUCAGUUAAGGUAUUUUCACAGGAAGCCACUUAUAGUAAAGAGUUACUGCCUUAAGUCAGAAAGCCCAGGGAAGAGAACAGAAGAUAGAUGGGACGGGUGUGAAGACGUGGACACUUCUUGCUUUUUUAUGGUUGCAUUAUUACAAAAAUGAGCCUUAUUCAUGACUGAAGACUAUGGAAACAGUGACUUUAGGGGGAGGCACCAAACUUGUCAGGAGCUGGCUGCCCUCAGGAAGUGGCUGCUAUUUCCUAUCCUAUUUCAGUGACAUAGGACUGGGCUGGACGUAAAAUAGACAUCCUAUUAGCUAAAGAGCGAGUCCCAUAAGACACGAUCACAGGUGCCUAAACUGCUAGGUUGAAUCAUUUCCUUAACAGGGAGAAUAAUCUCAACAAAAAGCUUUCUUUUCCUGUACAGUGUGUAUCUCUAAACUUGUUUUUUCUCAAUUCCAGUGAGCAUCUGGGUUAUCUGGUGGUUCUUUGUUUAAAUGCAAACUCACAACUUUCAAGUCUUCAAUGAUGGAGCACGAUCUGCAGAUCAUAGGGAAAAUCUAGCCGCAGUUAUUGGAGUCCUGGCUUUUGAGAUACCUAAUUAGGGUGUAAAAAGUCCCUAACUAGCCCUCUUUCAAAUUCAGAGGUUUCCUUGAUUCAAAAUGCUUCAAUGAGGUUCUAACCCAAGGCAGGAAAAAAAAAAAAAAAUUAACCCCAUAGGAGACAUCUGUUUCUACUACCGUUGCAACAGAAGUUUGUUGUUGCCCAGCAGAAUCAUUGCAAUUUAUAUGUAGAUUCUAGUAAUGAAAGGGACUUAACCCAUCUAGUAUGUCACAGCUGCUGUCCAAAAUGUCUGUAAAUGAGUAUACAUUAUGCAUGUACACACGCAGUGUGAGGUGCUCUCAGUACAAAACUGUUCCACAUUCGUAUUCCCUAGUGGCAACAAGAUAAAGUCUGGAAUUUGUAGUUAGUCAAAGGUCUCAGAUAUCUCAUGUAUCUGCUUCUGCUCUGUUGCCUUAGUUGGGUGCAUUAGUGCUGUCCACUAUCUGUGAUGAGGCUUUAGGGCAUUCUGAAGGAGCCCAACCAUCAGUAAUUUCUAUGUACCCCUUUCAUGAGAAACUUGAAUAUGCUUGUGUGGAGUAGAGUGCACUUAACGAACUGCACUUCUAUUGGAUUUACUGACGUGUGCGUGGACAUGCGUGUUUGCAUGUGUACUUGCUGUGGUCUGGGAGUAUGUGUGCAUCUCAAACAAAGCACACACAGGCAUAGGUCCUGGUGCGUAGAUACUGUUGCCUCUUCCCGCCAUUGUGCUCAAGACUGGUGGCUCCCUUCCCAGGAAGCAGUCACCUGCCCACUCUGUUGCUUUUUGUAGCAUUUCGGAGUUGGGAGACACAAAGGCAGCUUGUUGGAUCCACAGCAAACCCACAGUGACAGGCUGCUUUCCUCCAGAAGAAGGUAAAACAGAUGUACUCAACUGGCAAGUAGGUAAGAGGGAGCAGCAAUGUGGGGCACCCCCUCUACCCAGGAUUCCUGUGCAGGAGUGGCACCAAGGCCGGGCAGGCAAGGCCCAUGCAGACUUUUGCCUGAGCCCUUCCAUGGCUUAAAAGCCUCCAUUCCUUUCCUCUAUGCAACCCAGUGUGUGCACACAAACACCCACCCACUUGUAAGUUUGACUCCCAAACUAAAGCUUCCUAAUCCUGCCUGCAUCUGCAGGGAAUCAUCAUCAAUCACAAGCUGUGUCUCCUGAAACCAAUGUGGCCUUUGCUGAAGUCUUUCCAGGAGUGGGUUGUUUACCGUGUCUAGCAAACCAAUAGACUCUCAGAAGAAUCGUUUUUGGUAAUCUCUAAGAACUGAUGGCUCUUGCCCAUCUCGAGCAUUAAAGUAGAAUGCGCUCUAGUGGACUGUUCUGAACAAACGGACCUGGCUCUCAUAGCUGACUUUGAAGGGUGGCCUGGAAACAGUCGGAUUCAGUUUUCUCACUCCCACGCCCUUCUUUUAAUAGACGGUUUCUUAUUUUUUAUGACAUGUGGAUUAUUUCUGCUCACUUACAGAAUUCAGAGGACGUUUUCUUUCCUCUUCUAUUUUGGUGACUUUUCCCCUCCCCAAUUAAGUAAGGCUACUUACAGUUGCAAUCUUUUUGUUGUUACUAUUGUUUUAAAUGUAUAUUGUCUUUCUAUAUCCAAAAGAAGUCUGUGACUGUAACCAUAGGUAUUUCUUUUUACUGGAAAAAAAUGAGUUGUUUUUUUUUUUUUUUAGUUAACAGUACUAGUGACUUUGUGGAAGAAUAUGAGUUACUAUUUAGGUAUGCUUACUUAAGUACAGUACACUACAUUGCAGUAUUUCUGAAAGCUAGAACAUACACAUUAUAUAUAACAACUCUAUAUUGAAAUAUAUAUUACAUUAUAUUCAUUUUAACUUUUGAAUCUGCCUAUGAUCAUGAGUUGAUUGAAAUACUAUUUCUUUGCAUUUAUCACCCAUCACCAACCUGCUGCAGUUAAUCUGGUGCAUUUAAUAAUAAUCAUUACUGCUCUAGUUUGCUUUUUAUAUUAUCAGCUUCAGUAUUGUCUUCACAGGAUUUGAGAAUUUUUUUUAAGCUCAGACUUAGCAAAUGUAGGAAAGUGAAAACUUUUUUUAAGAAAACAUUUUUUUUUGGUGUGGCCAACACAAAGAGGUUCAUAGUCAAAGUGAUCUUGUUUAGCUGACCCUCUCGAUAUCUGAAGAACAAAAGAAGUGCAUAUGAAUGUAUCUGUGAUUUUCCCCUCUAGGACUGUCACUGUCUAUAUUUGCUUUUAAAAAUAUGACCAAGGGGCCUCUUAACCUCCGUAUGAUCUGACCAACAAUUACAGGCUGCAUUUCAAAGGGCUGCUCAUCUGAGAAGCAGAAGGCAGUUAAAGGCCUAGUUGUCCCAACUGUAUUUUCAAAUAUUGAUUUUUAAUACUAGUUCUUUACUGACUACUUUCUGUUUUCAGUAUGCUUACAGUUAUUUUAACUAGUCUUCAGUGCUUCCCUGGAGGCAGCUUAGCAAUAUAAUGUUCAUUUUCCUAGGAGAUUCUUUUUAAUAAAAUCAGAAUUUAGGAACUUUUUCAUGACAGAGGCUGAUAGAACUAGAACUCAGAAAAUUAUAGUUCAUUUUUUAGUCUGCAGAAUCCAUAAAAUAGUGGUUCUUGGGUAUCUAGCCCUCAAUAUCUACAUUUGUCUGUUAAGGUGGGAACUUGGUGCCUUUCUUCUCUACCCAGGCCAUCACGGAAACGUCAGAAAUCAGGCAUCCCGUCUUCCUCUCAAGAAAUUUUUUCAAAUAGUAUUUUUAGAUAAAGAGCUCCUUCAGCUUCCCUCAGCUACUCAACCCAAUGCCUGGAAAACCCCACUGAUGGAUAAACUUUACAUUCGUCCUGGGUGCCUGGACCAGUUCUACAUCCAGGACAGGAUGAAAACAUCUGUUCAUCAUACUCAGCGUGAGAACCCUUCCCACACUGAACCACCAUUAAGGCUUCUCAGUGUGAAUAACACCAAUUCCUUCCUUUCAUCUUUUCCAGUCGAUUUUUGUUUUCAAAUCCCACCCCAUUCUGCUGUGCCCCUCCAACAAGCCCUCCCCCCUCCCCUUAUCCAACUCCCCUCAUCCAACUCCCCUCCUUGCCCUCUACUUGCGGUACUCAUUAAGGAACUACCUGCUCUAAUCUGCAUGGAAGGGGCUAGUAUUGAGUCUAAAAGCAAAAAUAUCCAUCUGUUUCUCCAAAGUUUUCAACUAAAUAUAUUUCUACUAGACCAACACCAUAGUGAAUUGAGGGUGAGGUGAGCUGUUCCUUUUCCAGUGAUCACUUAAUACCCAAAUUGUAUCAACUUCACUAUUUUCCUCUUUCCUUCUCCUCAUCCAUUCUCUUUAUUUCUUGUUUCUCUCUAAGACUUUAAAUUACCUCUUCCUCUCCUCACUGCCUUAAGAACUCUAAUCAGCAUGGCACCUGAGGGCUCAUUUCCCUCUCUUCCCCCAACCCCGUUGUGAAUGUCCUUCUUUGAGCUUUAUGUGGUGAAAGAGCACUGACAUGAGUGAGUUCAUCAGCAUGAGACCCGUAGGCAGAGUGAAGCAUGUCUUCACUGUACCUUCAGGUUUUAAAAGUUAUCAAUAUUCUUUUGAGAGUGGGAGGACCUGAGUCACAGUUUUAAAUGUCAGCCGUACUAGCUGAGGUCACAAAUUCUUUUCACCUUCACAUUUGGCCAAAGACAAAGGGGAAAAUAUUUUCUGUUUUUUUUUUUUUUCUCUCUUUUUUUAAAUACCACAGUGUUCAAAUUCCUGAUAUGAGUAGACCAUUUCUGAGGGAGAAAAAAAAUCAUCAGUGAUGACUCAACUCCUACUAAUAUUUAGCCAAAUGACAUACAGGUACUUGACUUAGAGAAAUUUAAUGAAAGGAGUAACAUUUCAGAAUAAUUUUGAUACCUGCUCAAGCCCUAGUGAGCUCUUCUGAAACAGGUAAAUCCACUUCUACUCAAAGGCAUCACAGGAGAUAAUCAGGAAGAAUUUUUUUCACGUCAUGUUUUUGAAAAACAAAUAAUUGUUGAUUGGUUUAGACCUUUAAGCAGUAAUUUACUAAGGGAUGAAAAGAUCCAUAAAGUUUCUAAAGUGUCUAUUUUGCAACCACAUAUUUUUAAACAUAAACUUAAUAUGCGCUUAAAUAAAAUAAUAAUAGGGCAGAACAGAUAUUUGAAGAGCCCAGUAAGUAAGCAUUCACCAUGUAAUUUGGUCAUCAUGCUAGAUCUCACUUCAGUGAGUUACAACUGUCUGGUUGCCAGAGCAUUGUCCAAAAGACUCAUACAUUUCUGGGUCUCCCCCUUUACAGGAUGCUUAUGACGCAAUCUGAACAACUCUGUAACACAGUCUUUCCUGACUCCCAGUCCAGCACUCUUACUGUGAUACUGCUUUGGCUCUCGGCUCUUGGGUGGACCAUUCUGUGGCAUCUAGAGCACUACCUGAUUUUGAGCACACAGGGGUAUGCUUUCAUUUCUUGCUUUACCCAUUGACAAACAGAAGGAACAUUAAUGUCAGAAAUGUAGUCUUAAUUUGAUUUGAGGCUUGACGCAGGUUUUACCUUAAUCAAACCAAUUUUUAACAUCUCACGCCAUAGAGAGCAAUGAAAUAAAGAAGAGGUUCAAAAACCUCCCUGAGUCCCACAUCUAGUAGGAAACCAACACUUCUUAAAGUCAGUGUGUAUGUUGCUUAGGACUGUCAUCUUCACUUAGCAUGUUCUCCCCAUCAUUCUUAUCUCCUUCUCUUUCUUUUUCCAUUCUGACUCCCUCUAUCUUUUUUUUUUUUUAAAGUACUCUUCAUCUAAAGUAUUCCUCUCCUCAGGCAUUGACUUCUGAAAGAACAAAAGACUCUCUUUUAAAUCCUAAAUGCCAUCAUCUAAAGUAUAAUGUGGAGGAGGAGUGGAUCUGGUUCUGGAAGGUCCCAUUUGGUCCAGUUUAUCACAAAGAUUCCUCCAGGAUGCCUUCUUGACCUCGUUCCUUCUAGUGCUCCAAGAAGAGCUCUAACCCUGAGACCCCAGAUUUCUCACCACAGCCUCUGCAUUAGUCUAGAUUAAUGUUGAAAUCCUGUUUAAUAUUCUGGAGAGUCCAGGACGUGAAUUUCUUGUUACUUUCGAGCCUCCUGCUUUUCUAAGCUAACAUCGGUAGCCCUAACGGUAAGUAAUGCAGCAAUAUAACGGUCAGAAACAUUACAGUAUACAUUUGGGAGGACAGGAAGGGAUUUCUUUCUUUGCCUCCAUAAAAAGCUUGCUUCCUACCCCGGCCCCACCCCCACAAUGCAUUUCAGAAGCUCUGCAUCUCAUUUUACAGAUAUAUAGUUUUAGGAUUUGCAGAUAGAGCUUAGGAAAUAUUCUGAGAUUGAGGCUGGUAGCAAACCAGGUUAUUUUCUGCACUGGACUUUAGGACAAGUGUGCACGGAUACAAUUCCUUCAAAGAAAGUGAAACUAACAUAGUAAAGCAAAGGGAUAAUACUUUUACACAUUAAAACAGUUGUUUGCUAUCUGUAAACCUUGAUUUAAGCAUAAUUAUUACUUUUUAGAAACCUGAAGCUGGAGGAAUGUGUAUUUUAGUGAAGUUUGUUUGUUGAUUUGUUUGUUUCCCUUUAUCUCUUUCUUCUCAAGGCAGUAAAAAAUUUUGAUUCUUUAAUUUGAUACUGUCCAUGGCCAUAGGCGUCAGUCAAAUCACUGCCCACCCUUACCUUACUCCUUUCCCUCUUGGAAUGAAAAGCCUUCCAUUCUAUCAUUAAGGAGUCUAUUCUCCAUGAAAAUCUUAUCUUCCUUUUCGAGUAGAAUGUGAGAGCUUUGAGGAGAAAGAGUCUCUCUGCACUUUGAGGGUAGAAUAGUUAAAAUAAAAGCUAUUCCUUGAAAAAGAAACCCCAUUUACCUAAACUUCACAGGUAUGAGGCCUAAGGAUGGGAAUUGACUGCAGAUGAAGUUCAUGAAAUUUCACACUACAAAUCCUUAUUGUCUCCUCAAAUUUUUGAAAUAAGGCUGAGGAUAGACUAAUGUAAUGAAAACCUUCUUUGGAUGUUUCUUAUUGAUAUAGGACAGAAUCACCAGAAAAGAAAAAGAAAGGAUACUACUAAAAUGCCAGAAUCGGUUGAUCUGUGGAUUGCUAUAAUUGUUCAGACUUCUGUUCUCUUCAUUUCAAAACUGCAUGUGUUCAUGAGGUCUUAAAUGGUGAAACACCGCUCCUCCAUUGCCUGUCAUCUCCCCAACCUGGCACUGGAGGUGACAGUCACAGAGGGAGAUUGGCAUUGCCAGUACUUCACCCAUCCGUACUCUCACCGCCACAAAAGAAAGAAAAACCAAAUUAGAAACUUUAAAAAAAAGAGGAAAUUGUAGUGCUUCAUUUGAAAGCGUACUGUUUUCAACUCAAUUCAAUUUACAGAUAGCCUGACAACCUUUUUAUAACCUGUUUUUUAUGCUAUAAUUUGCAUUCUUAGCUGAAUCUUUAAAAUAACUGUAAUUUCAAUUAAGUGAACAGAGGAAAAGCAAAGAGGGGAAACAGGACAAUGUGAUGGGACUAAAUUUGAUACAGUUCUGGAUUCCUAAAGCCAGUUCUCAGGGUUAGCAGGAAAAGUCAGCACCACUCGCCCUUUGCCAUUUUUGCCCAUUCUCACUAUUAUAGGCCUAAGAAUUAGUAAAAUAACCUCACUUCUUCGUGAUUUAAGACUUCUCUUUUUUUUAUUUAUUUAUUUUUUGGCUGUGUUGGGUCUUUGUUUCUGUGCGAGGGCUUUCUCUAGUUGUGGCAAGCGGGGGCCACUCUUCAUCACGGUGCGCGGGCCUCUCACUAUCGCGGCCUCUCUUGUUGCAGAGCACAGGCUCCAGACGCACAGGCUCAGUAGUUGUGGCUCACGGGCCUAGUUGCUCCACGGCAUGUGGGAUCUUCCCAGACCAGGGCUCGAACCCGUGUCCCCUGCAUUGGCCGGCAGACCCUCAACCACUGCGCCACCAGGGAAGCCCAAGACUUCUCUUAAUGCUAUCAAAACCAUAUAGAGAAAUUAUAGAAACCCUUGACUGCUCCCAUUACUAACCUGCUCUCCGGGGCUUAUGCAGAGAGAUAACGGACAAUAAAAUAAUGGUUCAAAUAUAAUACAAGCUUUAGACAUAGACUAAAGUGAUUAGUGUAUGUUCACUUCCAGAGGGUUCUUUGAAAAAUAAGGUGAGUUACUCUGCUUCUGCUCUCCUGGGCACAGACUUUGAUUUGGAACCAUCUAUAUGUAGAUUUGUAAGAGAGGAUUAUCAAAAGCAUUGUCAGCAAUGAAACUCCUUCUUUGGUCCCAGUGAUUACGUUUUCCCGAGGGGCCUACUGAGAUAUAAAUUAAGGGUAACUUUCAUAUAUCUAAAUUUGGUUGUUUGCACUAUCGUUAAAAGAACUGUGGUUUUCAGAGUAAAUGAAAGCAGAGUCUCUUGGUAAUCCUCAUCGUGGCAAACAAAGGCAAGAAGUUGAUAGAAUCGAGAAACUCUGUGAUGACGUAGUGUUCCAAAGGAAUUUGAGUGUGCUGACCCCACGAAUGUUUCUGUAAUCUAUUCUAAACUACAUAUUGAUCCUCCUGAGACUUCCAGCAUGCAUGUGGUAUGUGCAUACAAGCAGAUUUACACUUGGAGGGUGGGGACCCGGGCAAACUGGAGAGAAUGAUUCUGGAGGAUGAUCCAAUGCAAGGCAUCUCUCCAAAAUCACUCAGUACUGCCAUAUCCCAAACUAAGUCCAGAUUAAUCUUAAGCAAAAAGUAAGCUCCAUGAGACAUCCUGCUAUGAAUGUUUUUUCUUACCGAAUAAUACAAGAAGAGGUACAAUGCAGACCCUUAAUUUUGGUGUAAUAAUUCACUUUUAUAUUUAAUAAUUGUACUUUGUGUGUGUGUGUCAUUGAGCUAUUUGUACCAAUUUUCAAUCUAUCAUCCUGAGAGGGGCCUUGAGAAUUUCUGUGUAUGUGUAUGUAGAUCUGUAUUUAUGUGUAGUCAGAAAAAAUGGAUAGGAGAGGAAUGAGGCAAGAGAGAAGGUCAGUGUGAAAAAGGGAGUGCUCUUAGUGUCCCUAUUUAUGUUAGGUAAGGUGGCUGCUGCCCAAAGCCCUCGAGGAAUAGCUGAUUGCACUAUUCAAAACUAAGAACCCAGCACUGUUAAAUUUAGGACCGUGUUUUGGGAAACAGGAAAGCUUUAUCUUUUUCUGUACCCAUUCCCUUUAGCAUCGGAGCCAUUUGACAUGAUGAAAAGCAUUCAGUAAAAACCACUACUGAUCUUUGCAUUAAAUAGCUAUUUUCCUCUUCUAAAUACUACCCUUGGUUUCAAGUCAACUCCUUCCCUUUAUUUUUUGCCUAUUGGCUUAACAUUUUACAGAAUAAUGCCUAGGCGUAUGCUAGCUGUUUCCUUCCUUUGAGCUGAACCAAACAGGGACAACGAAAGAGAUGACUCACAGAAGUGUGAGGUAAGGACUGAAUUUCCCACUUUUGUGGCACUGGUAACUUUUAGUAAGAGCUGUUUAGGGUUGAGCUUGGGGCUGUAAUAGGGCUUUUUUUUUUUUUUUUUUUUUUUUUUGCACUAAAUAAAUAUGACUGCACUGCAUUGCACUACUGAAAUGUAUUUACUUGUGCCGGGAGAGAGUGUGUGAGAUAUGGGAAAGAAAGAAGCAAGUUUUGAAACUAGAAGCACCACAAAAAUGGAGGGUUAUUUCCGUCAUGCUUGGUCUUAGCAGAGUUGGUAAAAAUCUGUGGAAUCUGCCAACUCUUGAUCAGGCCUAGAAACUGCCAUGCUGAUAGGAUCUGUUUUCUUAUUAUAAAGAAGCUGAGUUAGUACUGUAAAUUGAAGACGUUUAAGGAGAAGUUUGCCCAAUGUUGUCUCCAACUAAGCUUUCAGUAAGAGUUGCGAUGGUGAGGAAGCCAACCGAGGUGACCGGAAAGUCUUCGCCUUGGCCCGAGCUAGGGCCUCCUUUCAGAAAAACCUCACCUUGUCCGUAUUGGAGGUAUCCUUUCAGCCUGAGCAUGCUUUUUCAUCGCUGGGUGAAACCCAGAUCAGGCUAACCAAAGAGGAAGGCCAUGCAUGUGGUAAAAUCCUUUAAGAUGACAGUAAGGGAACAGUGCAAUAAACAUUGAAAACCAGUGAGGUGAAAGGUUUAUCUGAAACAAGCUAGGCCAACUUUGAAAUUGGAGGAAGGGUCGGAGGAUUAAUCAGAACCUACUUACUAGCUGCUCCAUCAGAGACUAUCCUUUAUAAAGCAGAAGACCUUAACAGUGCCUAAAAGCCUAGUUUUGAAGUUGUUGCUUUUUCUUUCAAUUUUUCUUUAUUGGAUUUAUUUUUAUUGCCUUUUUAAAUCUUAGAAGUAAUUAGAAUUUGACAGCUCUUUAGUGAAUCUUUCACCACAGGAAAAGCAAUAGAUCAUGUAGGAAAUAAUAACAGGAGAGUGAAUAUGCCGAAGGACUCGUCCAGAAUCCAAGGUGACAGCUUUGAAGAUUCUGGUUCAGUAAGAAAGGGUCACAACCCAUAUCAGUGGGUAAUGUGGAAUUUCUCUGAUCACUAUCACAUGUUGGGGCAUCAAUUUGGAGAACUCUCGGUUGCGGCCUUUCUUAAGAUUACAUUGAUACCUAUCUCUUUCUCUCUCCUUAGCAUCCAUCCAAGUCUACUUUUCCAAGUUAAAAAAUUUGUAAGGAAGCUGUCAGCCUUGCUAGGCAGAAAAAUUCCAUUUAGAGCUUUCAGAACUAAUGUAAGCAGUCCCUCCAGCACUCAAAGUAUUAUCUCCCUUUCAAAUAAGAAACUCUAAAUUCAGAGCUCUUUACAGGUACUUAGAGAUGUGUAUUGGGUAAGCACUGAGAAGAUACCGACUGCACCAAACCAAAGUUACAGAAAGAAAUAAUUGACCUUUUAAAAUAUCUUCACAUUAACUGCCCUAGGAUACUUCUCUUGAGGCUUUUGGAAAAUAACUUCUUCCUUGAAACUUGCAUACCCACUCCGGUUCUGUCACCAAAGAUUUUCCUUUCCAGAGCCCCACCUCCUCUCUUGCAGACAAAAGUAAUACAACAGGCUCAAGGGAUAUGCUUUGGUGGUCAAGGGAUGAUACUUUGGUUUUCAUUCUGUUCACAGUGAUAUUUACAGGAGACUUCUUGUUAAAGGAGCUACUGAAUUGUCUUUAUGACUUAGGGUUUGGUUAGAGGUUUAAAAAACUAGGAAAAAAUAGAUAAGCGCUAGUACUUGACACUGUAAACUGUCUUUAUAAUAGAGUCAUGACCUGGAGACUGAUGGAGAGAAAGAAACUUCCAUGGAAGAGAGUGAGCUAAAUCAUUUAGAACCAAACAAGGAUCACUGGUGAAAUGUGGGGCAGCAUGGACACAGAGCCGGUCAGUGCUCUCCACACGGCCGGAGCCAACGGCAAUGGCCAGUGGGAGAGUCAGAUAACUGGCCAGUGAGUUCAAGUACUGGAAAAGCCACAGUCUGGGUUUCAUUGUAGUUGCUGGAGUGGUUAAAACAUCCAUGCCCACGGCAAGGAAGAUGCUGAGGCUGAUCUCUUGUGAUAGUGCCUUUCUUGUUGUAGCGAGUACUAGGUUAAUAAUCUGUUCAGUUAACACUUUUCUGGAUCAUUGCCCCCAGUCUUCUGAGGAGGUCUGAAGGGAUAGUAUUCACCUAGGAUGAAGGGAUAGUGUAUUGCUCCUGGAAUGCUGUGAUGUGAUGAUAUUUGCACUAGAUUCUAAACUUUAAACUGGAGCAACUGAAUGAGAGAAAAACCAAGGAUAGUUCAAAGAAACCAAAAGCAGUAUUUCCUGACUGAUGUCAUUUCUUUGUCUUCUUCGUCUUCUAUUUUUUUUUUUUUCCUGAAAGAAAACUUCACACUUGUUGAUUACCAAGCUCAACUUUGACCAAUUCUUUUCCUUCUUAUUUUUUUUCCCACACUGGACCAUCGGUGUGAAUUAACCAUCAGGCAGGAAUGGUUAAUGGAAAGGGCCUCUGUCAUUACAACUUCACACCCCUUCUCUGCUUCAUCAAGGGCAUGGGGUGGGGGGGUGGGGGGGCAGGGAGCCUCCAGAGCCAUCGAGCCCUUAGGAAAGCCAGUAAGCAUAGACGUCAUGUCAAGAACUGUGUUGACACAUAUUUGCUCAGAGGACAUUGGGGCCCAGAGCGAAUCCUAAAGGAUGCUCAGAAAGAAGGAAACCAAUGUGCUGAAGAAAACAAAGGGAGGUGGUGCCCAAAGUUUGCCUAUUUCUCCUCUCUCUUCUCUUUCCCACCUCACCCUCAUAUCCCCUCUAUCGGAAUGAUAUUUCAUCUCAUAUAUUAUAUGGUACCAGAAGAAUUAUUUGGUUCCUUGGUUUCUCUCUUUAUCAGUGGGCUGGAAACUCCUCCAAUAUUAAAAACAAAUACCAUCAGUGGCUCCCCUGUGGCCUCCCAGUUUCUCAAAUGCUGUCCAGCUGGUCUUGACCAGUCAACUAAGAUAACUUGGAAGCUCUGGCUGGCUCAACCACCUGUCCACUUUAUUUUCAUUUUGUUUCCAUUUCCAUUUGAAUUUUGAGUGAUCCUAUGGAAAGGUGGAAAUCACAGGAAAGGUUUGGAGGCUGUAAUUCUAGGGCAUAGCUUGUCAGGAGUUUGUAUUACCCAAAAUAUAUCUUUUUCCACCUGUUUUCAGUUGAAUCUGUUACCCUGAUUAUAAUUUCUAUCGUAUUUGUGGUUAUUUUUAUUAGAGUCCAUUUGCAAUGUCUCUUUGAGUGCUUUUUUUCUAUUUUCCCCACAUAGAUGCAGUACCAACCUGUUAAUGAAAUACCUUUUUAUUAUAUUAUUAAUAUGUAAUUCUACUGUAGACCAAAAAUAUAAAAAAAUUUUGUUCAUUUUAAAGAUAUAAAGAACUAGUGAGUGAAAGAUUAAGAGUUGAAGGAAAAGACAGAAGAGCAGUGGUUAACUAUGUUGAGUUAGAAAUCUAAGAGUAGCCUUACCUAUUUUUUAACCAGUGCUUGCCAAUCAUACCAUAGUUGGGAUUAUAGUCUUGGCUCCUUCAUGCUUAUGUUUUAUAAGUCUUGUUUGUCUGUUUGUUUUUCUUUGAUGUAAUUGAGGUUGCACAUCACGCUAUUUUUGGCAAUGCCUGAUUUUAUUAUAUUGUACUUUUGUGGGUCAUUUCCUUUAGAAGGAUGGGGGAAAAGUUUUAUUUCUUCUUUUAAUUUAAAAUUUGUUUAAUGCACUGGAAAUAAAAUUGGACAUAUUUCACUGUUUAAAAAAUCAGAAACAAAACAGAACAAAAACCACAAAGAAAAAACCAGCAACCAAAUAAGCAACAGGGAAAAAAAACUUGGGGGAAAAAAAAAAUCUGUUUGUACUGGAUACACAUACAUAAUACAUCCCACUCAAAAGAGGAAUACCAUCAAAUAAGAAAAAUAUAUGUUUCAGCUGCAAUACUGAAAUGGAGAAGAUACCUGGGUUCAAUGAGGAUGGGGAAAACAGGACAUUGCUUUGAGAUUUGAGAUCUCGUUAUUGUUCCAAUUAGUGCCCAAACUGGUUAAAUGUGGGCGUGGUGACUACAGAGGAAAUAGCCCCAGCCUUCCGCAUACCACUGGAGCUCUCCGUUACCGUUGAUCCGACGCUUGAGCUCCACUGUAAGGGGGAAGAAAAAUGUGCUAUGAUGGAGAAACUGGCUUGUAUAGAGGUAUUUGUACAGUACACACGUGGACACAGUUUAGUCCUCUGCUCAUCCUCAUGUUUCUUUUCUCCCUGAGGAUUUGCAGCAGAUAAACCCACAACAUGGGAGACUGUAAAUGACUCCUCAGAACAUCAGCUAAUGCUAAAGUACCUCUUGACUCCAAACUGAUCUCCCUUCUUGAGCAUUCCCAGAUACCAACAGAGCCAGUAACCCAUACAAAGGCACAGUGGAAGGAAAGAGAUUUUUUCUAGUCAACCAGCUGUAUCUUUUGUUUAAUGUUUGCUGGGUUUUUCUGGUUUUGUUUUGUUUUAGAGUUGGGGUGGGAGUGGACAUAACUUCACAAACCUAAUACAGUAAUUGUUUUGCAUCUUCCAUGUUUUAUGCAAAAGCAGACAUUUAAAUCAAUAAAUAAUCGUGCCCUAGACUGAAAGUUAAUGUUUAGGAGAGGAAAAAAAUUGUUGGAAUUUUUUCUACAUUUUUUUGUGAAGAAUCUUUUUUGGAAAGGAAGGAUACAUAUUUUUGUUGUGUAAUAUUUUCUAUUUUUGAAUGCAUUUUAUUGGUACAAGACUGUUUUUUUGGUGAAGACAUUAUUUAAAAAAAAAAAAAGAAAAAAACUAAUCGAAAAGUUUGCCCUUAAGGAUAUGCUGCAGUUUUGAGGUUAAAAAAAAACUAACUGAUUCAAGAUGCGUGUUAAAAGUUGGGAUUAUAUUGUUGUUUUUUGUAAUUGUUACAAGAAGAAGUUUGUACCCACUGCUGUUUAUUUUGUUUCAGAUGAGUAAGUAAAGGGAUUGUUCUUGUUUUAUUCUUUUUUUAGAGAAAAAAAAAAGCUAUUUAUGAAAUGUCAAAAACACUGGACUGUGAGUUUAAGUGUGGAAGCAUUUUACCACCCUGUGUCUUCGACCAAUUAUGGGAAACCCCUUUUCUCUUCCCCCCACCCCCUGCCUUAGCCUUGCCAAAUGAGAAAAAAUGUAACAGCUGUCAGAUGAUCGAAGCCACUGAAGACCUGCUUUAAUUUUUACGGUUUGAAAAAGUUGGAAAACCAAAGUUAAAUUUCUUUCUGAAAUCCCACUGUCCGUAGCCCGUUUUUUUGUAUGACACAGCCGGUUGACUCUGCCUCUCUGUCUUGGAUCACUGCCUUCUUAAGGACUGGGGGCCAGCUCUGAUGCAACAGAGGCAUAAAGGUGGUGAGCCUGAGAGUUGAGGUCUCAUGAAGUCCAUGUGAGCGGGGCUUCAACUUCUCAGCGGGCAGCCACACUUCCCAUCCUGAGGGGAGGCUGCCGAGAGAGCAGUGCUGACCUGCUUGAGCAGAGAUGCCCCCUCAUCACCUCCAUCCUCGGCUUCUGAGGCCUCCCUGUUACCAUCGCUCUCUAGACUGGCUUUGCUUCUCUCGGCAGCCCACCUUCCGUGGAUGGGGUGGGAGGAGGAAGGAUCCAAUUGAAAGAAACGGCUGUGGGUGCUGUGAAGGCACACCCAGCCCUGGGGAAGGUGGGGCAAGGGACCCUCUAGCACAAGGGAGCUUGCCUGCCUCAUCUCUGGCUGUGUGGAUUAUCCAUCCAUCUACUCACUGUGAAGAUGGAGAGGCAGAGUGCCCUAAGGCUGUUCAAUAGCUUUUCCAUAUUUUUUCAAGAUUGAAAAAAUAAUUUUUAAAACUGUGAUUUAAAAGAAAAAAAUCAUUUGGCUGGAGGGAAGGGAAAAGGGAAACACCAAAAGCUGUAACAUGAUUAACUGGAGAUAUUUAACUGGGAGCACUUUCUAGACCAAGACAAAUGAAUUCCGUUCUGGACCCUAAAGCAGCCAAAUCUUGAGACUGUCUAUGACAGAAAGCUGAAGAGAGGCCUCAGUUUCUUCCUCUCUCCUUUCUUCUCUCUGUCUCGAAAUUCUCUCUUGUUCUGCGUUUCCAGCUUCCCUUGGACGACUGCCCCAAUGGCCCUUGGUCUCCCAUCUCACUUGUGUGUGCACGUACACACACACACACACACGCACACACUUGCACAACACCAUUUUUCUUAAGGAUUGUGGGACCGAAUAAAAUCUUGUGCCUUCAUUUUUUUCCUUUUAUAGUUAGAUGAACCUCUUCCUUUUUUACAAUGUUUAAAAAAUAGGGGAGGUUGAAGUGUUAGUAGAGGACUUGGGUGUCGUUUAGGAAGUAAUUUUUGUUUAGCACGUUCCCCCAAACAUUAACACAAAUACUUCCACCCCUUCAUCAUACUCUUUGGACAUUUAGAGCAUCAAGUAACCGGGUACAUGACAGCCAAAACCCAUUUAAUUUUAGAGCAAUUCCUGAAAAUUUUAUUUCGUACACUUCUUUGAUCUUUAUCAAAAAUGAGGUGAGAAAUGGCACGCAGCCUUGUUCUCCCACUUUGGUGCUUUUGCGUGUGGCAUGGGGUGGGCGUGGGAGUGGGGAGAGUGGGUGUGUUUUGACAGAGGGUGCAUCCCUACAGAUCUCUGGUGCUGAAGGGCCUCCAGUUCCUUUCAGAGACUGCAUAUGACACACUUUACACACGAAUGGUAUCACAUGCAAUAUUUUAAUGGAGCAAUGGGAGAGGCUCUUUGAAACGGGGUUUUGCAUCUUUUUGUAACAUUUUGAUUUCUCUGGUGCCUUAUUCCUACUGGACGCUGGCACUCACAUCCCCACGGGGAGCUGACCCAGAAGUCAGCCUCGGGAGCGGGGACGCCUGGGCGAUGCUGGAGCGUGCAGGGCGUGAGGCGGCUGGUGUCGGUUGGUGGGGAGGGGACUAGAUGGCAUCUCUGAGCCGAAGCCAAGCAGGAACUGCACAAAUCCACACGAAGUUAACGCUUCCGACUCGGAACACACCGCAAACUCAUCCUUCCUCAUCUGAGCUUUCCUUCCUCCUUCCUCUUCUAUCUCUGCCUUCUCAUAAGGCGCUGCUGCUGCUGAGGUGCCCAGAGUCCAGAACGCUCAGUAAUCACUCAGGCACAAGCCUGGCACUGCCACGUCAGCCCCUGGCACGACCAGACCCGGGCUUCUCUUGCUGGGGGCUGCGAACCGUCAGAUUUUUUCUCAUCAAAAAUGUUUUCCAAGGAAUCAGUGGAGUACAGUUAUUCUGCAUUAAAAGUGCACUUUAAAAAUAAAUAAAUAAAAGCUCCAGACUGUUUAAAAUGUACAGAGGGGGCAGGGGACAGAUAAACAUGUGCUAGUGUCUGAACCCAGUUCAGUUUAUCUCCAGUUGAAACGAUAUACACUAUAUUAUGUAUAAAUGUAUACACACUUCCUAUAUAUAUCCCUAUAUAUAUAGUGUAUAUAUUAUACAUGUAUAGGUGUGUAUAUGUGCAUAUAUACACACAUGCACAUAACAAAUCCAGAUGCUUUCAUUACAAAACCAGAUGCUACACAAACAGCAGCAGAGGAAACAAGGUUGGACUCUUGCAACAGAUCACAAAAAAUAAAAACAGCCACUUGCAGUGACUUUGGUCAUUUCUGUAUGUUCACAAGGAAUGGAUUGUAACAAAGAAAAAAAGGAACAGUAUUAGUGAAAGAGGAAAAAUGGGCGAAACCAUCUUGAUCCAAUGGGAAUGCAGUAAUGUUCUAUACCAUUUCACCUGUUUCUUUUAGUCAUGUUGAUUUGAUUUCAGUUUUUGGCUAUUAAAUUUUUUAAAACUCAAGUGACCCACAACAAACUGAACAAAACAACUACAGCGAAAGCCCUUUUCAGUGGAAGAUGUCAGAAAUCUCAAAACCCUUGGCCUGACUCAGAUCUACCAUGUGCAAAUCAGUACUCUCUUAAUGUCUGAAAUAAAAGUGAAAAAAAAAAAAAAAACUUUUUUGAAGCACCUUAAUGUGGCCAUCCAUUCAAGGAAUGGGUGCCACUCUUUUCUUUGAGCACCUUAUUGACGUGUUUUGCUAUCUGCUGUCUUUCUGUUAUCUGUUGGCUGAAUGGCUAGCUGUUAACACACACAUGCGCACAGACCAGAGAGCUGGGCAUGCGUGUUCUCAAUGAAGUUUACUGUGGUGACUGCUGAAAGGUGAACCCGUUUCCUGAUCUUCCCGCCACAGUGUUGUGAUAAGAUUCGAAGAAGCCCUAUUCCCUGCACAGAAAUGUUUCUUAUCACAUUGUAUCUUAGUAUGGAAAGGAAUAUGGUCCCUUUUUUGCAAUUGCUACUGUACACACACACACACACACACACACACACACACACCCCACACAUGCACAAACAUAUUCAUUCGUCCAAGUGGUAUUUUCAGUGUCUGUGUGGGUGUCACUGUUUACGCAGUUUCUAUUUCCCAGUGAAUUUUAAGUGGAGGGCAACUUUUCUAACCAGAUUGUCUUUUCAGACUGAAGACCUGGGUAUUGGGGAAGAGUUUGGAAAGAGGGAGAGGCAAGGAAAAAGAGAGCUUUAAAUUGAAAGAAUAAUUUCCCAUGAGGAAUCUGAGCUCGAUGACUGCAGAGACUGUAACCUCCAACCUUUGCAGGUGGGCAAGGGACACUGCUUGUAUCAGUCUGUGUACCGUACAAACCCAUGGAGACAUGAACACACACCCAUCCACCAUCAAUAUAUACGCGUGGUUUGGGAUGAGCAGGUCAAUAGUUUUGAGAGGGAGUUUGUUCCUUUUUUUUUCUCAUUAUACUCUUAAAUUGUUGUCAGUUAUCAAACAAACAAACAAAAAAUUUGUUUUGAAAAACCUUGCAUACGCCUUUUCUAUCAAGUGCUUUAAAAUAUAGACUAAAUACACACAUCCUGCCAGUUUUUUCUUACAGUGACAGUAUCCUUACCUGCCAUUUAAUAUUAGCCUCGUAUUUUUCUCACGUAUAUUUACCUGUGACUUGUAUUUGUUAUUUAAACAGGAAAAAAACAUUCAAAAAAAGAAAAAUUAACUGUAGCGCUUCAUUAUACUAUAUUAUUAUUAUUAUUAUUGUGACAUUUUGGAAUACUGUGAAGUUUUAUCUCUUGCAUAUACUUUAUACGGAAGUAUUACGCCUUAAAAAUACGAAAAUAAAUUUUACAAGGUUUCUGUUUUGUGUGGAAGAGUAAUUGAUGUUGCUAAGAAUGAUGUUUGUUUUUUUGGGGUUUUUGUUGUUUUUUUUUUAAAUGUUACCAGCACUUUUUUUGUAAGUUUCACUUUCCGAGGUAUUGUACAAGUUCACACUGUUUGUGAAGUUUGAAUAUGAAGGAAUAAUUAAAAAAAAAAACAAAACUCUU